GGACCGGAAGGGCAGGCGGGGCGGGGCGUCGCCAUGGCGGCCGAGGGCCGAGCCGGCCAGCCGGCAGCGCCGACAGGGACCGAGAUGCAGCGCUGAGGCGGGAGGAUGAUCUCGCGAUACACACGGAAGCCGGUGGCCCCCGACGCCCAGGGGAUCCGAGGACUUACAAAAAGUUCCUUAGAACAUCAUCCCCUGCCAGACUCACUGGAUGACAGUUAUCCAUCUACUGAAAGUCAGGAAGACAUUUCAAGUGAGUCUGAAAGUACAAAAGAUUCAAACUACCAAUCUGUCACUUCAGUAGACGAUGGAAACUCAUGGUCAGCUAGUCAGAGCUUCACAGGCACCUCUACAGAAGACAGCUCAGUCUUUUCUUGGGGCUAUGAUGAAUUUGAUAAAGCUGCCACGCGGCAAGUACAACAAAUAUUUAGAUAUAUUGAUGAGCUCUUGUAUGAACAGAAAACAAGCAUGUAUGUUGAAGGCCUAGAGGAGGAGUGCCAACAAUGGAUGUCAAGCUUUCCCCAUCUCAGGAUUGUAGGGAAACAAGUAGUGAUUCCCACAGACGAAGGUUACGGCUGGUAUUCGAGUUCAACUUGCAGCACCUUAGGUUCAUCAGAUAUGACCCCAUCACUAGAGAAAGAUCCGAGUGAAUUUAGUAUUUUGGGCAAAAAGGUUCCUCUUUCUCUUACUCCUAUGUGUAAAGAAGACAACAUUUCAAAACCACCUGAAUUGUGUUUAUUGGAGAGCGAAGAAGGAGACGGUGGAGUGAUUGUCUCUGAAGGUGUAAUGGAGGAAUAUUUAGCAUUUGAUCGCAGAGAUGUGGAAGAAGAGUUGCAUGAUUGGAAAAUGGGUCUUUCACCUGACAGACGGAAAUUAGGUUUCCCUCCUAUCUCGCCAUCCUACUGCAUGAGAGAUGCUGUCCUUUCCUAUGUAUUUGAUGAUGUCUGGAGUGAAGUCUUGGGCCAUAUGGAGCAAUUAAUCUGUAGACACUGGGAAGGGUCAGUCUCAGACGAUGAGAAGAAUGUCAUAACUGUUGAAACAAACCGGACAGAUUCAGGAAGCCCGUUUAUGCAGUUUGAGCCUUUGCCACUGUUAUUACCUCGAAUGCCUCAAACUAAGAUGCCCUCCAUCCCUUCAAAUCUGUACUCAAAACACCGAUGUGGCCGCAAAAGCAAAAAGAAGAGAAAAACACCGGAAGCAAAUCUCUCACAAGGAACGAGCGGUGGUCCACAACGUAAUUUGAAUGGUUUGAUGGUUAUUCAUGGGAUCCCCUUACACCAAAGGAACUUGCCUCUGAUGGAUAAAAUAUUAGACUUGGAUGACAGAUUGCUUAUGAGGCCAGGCUCCACUUCUGUCCUGUCAACCAGAGCUCGGCCAAAUCGCCCACUUGAGCUCAGUACAUCUUCUCUGUCCUAUUCUGCACAGUCUGCUAGAAGGCGCAACCCUCCACCACGUACUCUGCACCCCAUCAACACGAGCCAUUCUCGCUCAGGGACACCGAGACCCAUGGAGGAUGUCAUCAGGGGAACACGGCUGUCCACGGCAAAUGAGCAACUAUCAUCACCUUCCCCAAUGCCACUGAGUAGAAAUAACCUCCUUCCUCCAAUUAGUACUGUAGAUAUAGCAGAUCAUUUGGGAUCUCAAAAGCAAAUGAAAUCUCGGGGGAAUGCUAGCCGGGCUCGCAGUGCAAUAGCAGAUGAAAUUAACCAUCAACCAGUGCAUGAGAGAUUUUUAUUACCUGAUAGUUUCUCCAGGCCCAACACAUCGCAUGCAUUUUGGCCAGACUCGCAGUAUCGUCGCUCUUGCACUGUUAUUGAUUAUGCUAAUCAACCACGAAAUAGUAAAGGAUCUGCUGGCACAGAUGCUAUAAAUGUUGGAGUGAUGGGAGUCAGUCUAGGGAUAUCCAGCUCUUCCUAUAUUAAUUCCUUCCACCACCAGGCUCUUGGUAAUUUUCUGAAUGAGGACGAGGAGGACAAAGAAGACCAACCUCCCCCGGUAGGUCUUCAGUUACAUGGCUCUGUGAAAACUCACAGCCGAGGUGGAUCGAGAAGCAGACAGGGACUAUAAUGUUGUGGCAAUAAACCAUCUCUUUCCAAGAUGAGGGAAUGACCAUAGAAGCUUUUACAAUCAGUAUUCAACUGUAGCAAUAUCAAACCUGUUUACAGAAGAAGUCUUAAAACUUUCUUUACAAAACGUCUUAUUUUUGUAUUGACUUAAAACAAAUGCCAAAGACUACAAGGUUCUCUCUUAUUUUUGUUCCUGUAAAUCGGCUAUGGUGUUCUGUUGGGUGCUGAAAGCAUGUGUUCAGGAAAUCUGCUAACCUCUAGUAUUAUUGUUAAUACAAUCUAUUACAAAGAAUGUCUGCCUAAAGAAUUGGAUUCCUCUAGGAGUGAUAAUGUUAUAACACCAAUUGACUUGCCAGUUAUUGGCACUUGAUGGCAAUAUAUUUAGUAAAAUUAAAUAAGUGUGCUUGGGCACACUUCCAGUAUUUUGUCUUAAAUGUAUAAAAUGUUCUGAGUGCCAGUUGUUUGCAUACUUAGAAAAAGCUGCAGGUGAUGAUGUCUGAAAGGUGGCCAAGAUUAAAACUUGGGGGUGCAACAGUUUUGUGUACUACCAUCUAUACUUUCAGUACUUACUUUCCCUUGUUUAAAAUGAAGCAAGAUGUUUGGUACACACAUAAUAUACAGCAGGAAGGUUCAGUUUUAAUGUUCUCUCACUGGGGAGAGAACACUUUGUUAAGAUGGAAAUAUUUAGAAAAAGCAUUGCCUACAUUGAAUGUUGCAUUUAAUGUCUGCUGUAAUUUUAAUGUAACAUAAAAAAUAGUUCUAGGUCUUACUAGACAAAAUAAGUGCCAGAUGACAAUUGUAUGAAGUUAUGUAAAUUAAAGAUAGCUUUGCAUUAUAUUCUAGAUACCAUGUGAAAGUUGUAAAAAACUGGUGGGAACAGAUUCUUAUUAAAUUGUAAUAUGGAAUAACUUUUAUAUACAAAUAAAAAAAUAUUUUCUAAAAUG